GCUUUGACCUGAGUAGCUCACCUGGGGUGGGAGUUAUUAGGCCCAGGGCGACUUCACGCCCAGGGGAUCAAUAUCUGAGCUAUGUUUGGCUGUCAGGACUGGAGGAGGGAACUACUGGCAUCCCAUGGGUGGAGGCCAGGGACCAGCUAAAACCCUCCAGUGCAUGGGACAGCCCCCCCCCCCACUAAGACAGAUGUGGCCCCAAAUAUUGGUAGUGCCAAGGUUGAAAACCCCAGCCCUAAAGACUUGAGAACCAGUGGGACCUGGUUCCAGUCUUAUCUUCUAGUUGGUCACUGGCCUUAGGCAUGCCACAUGCCCUCUCUGAGCCUUAGUUUUCCUGUCUGUGAGAUGGACACGUUACUAUUUAACUUGAGGAUUUUCCUGCUUUUAUUAAACCAGGUGUGUGUAAAGUGCAGGGUGGAGGGGUCCCUCCCACUCCCUCUUCCUAGAGCUGGCUGAAGCCAGCAGCCCACACACCCACCACAUGGGUGCCCACGCCUGUGCUGGCAAGGGCAUCAGAGCAGGAGGACAGGCGGGGCCCACAGGCCAACCUGAGCUCAGUUCUGCCUCUUGUCUGAGCUGUGAGUCCAGUCCAGGCUCCCUGAGCAGACAGGGGUGAGAUUCCAUGCCAUGGCCUUGGGUCUGCCUGGCCAGGAAGGUUUCUGCUCUCAAACCUGGCUCAGGCCUGGAGCCAGAGGGAAGGUAAAGAGGUAGACCCACUGGGACAGGCCAGGUUCCAGGAGAGCCUGCGGGCAGGAGGAGGGCCCAUCUCUUCCCCUAAAUGUUCCCAUUGGAGCCAGUGCCCCAAACAGCACCCGGGGCAGAGGCGAGUGAAGUGUGCAAGAGCGUUUGUGUGCACCUGUGUACCUGUCCAUGUGUGCACACACAUGUGCUAGUGAGUCUGUGUGCAUGAACGUGUGUGUUUGUAUGUGUGUGCAUGUGUGAGCAGGCCUGUGUGUGUGUGUGAGUGUGUGUGCAGGCCUCUGUGUGUGUAUGCGCAGGCCUGUGUAUCUGUGUGUGCGCAGGCCUGUGUAUGUGUGUGCGCGCAGGCCCGUGUGUGUGUGUGUGCGUGCAGGCCCGUGUGUGUGUGUGUGCGUGCAGGCCUGUGCAUGUGUGUGCAUGUGUGUGCAGGCCUGUGUAUGUUUGUGUGUGUGUGUGUGUGUGCGCAUGGGCCUGUGUAUGUAUGUGUGCGCAGACCUGUGUAUCUGUGUGCACGUGCAGGCCUGUGUGUGUGUUUGCGUGUGUGCGGGCCUGUGUAUGUGUGUAUGUGUGCAUGUGCAGGCCUGUGUGUGUGUGCGUGUGUGCGCAGGCCUGUGUGCGUGUGUGCGCAGUAAGUAGAAGAGGAACAGAGAGCAGAGCUGAGGUUGGCAGGGCUGGAGGGCCGGUGGCUGGUGGACUUCCCCAAUCUCAGCCUGGCCAGGAACUGGGUGCUCCGGCCUCUACUACAGAGCCUGGGGGCUGGGCAGCAGGCGGGCAGGGCAGCACCUGGAGCCGGUCCAGGAAAGAGCUAAUGAUCAACUGGUGCGGUGUCUGUGCAGCCACCCUGGGCCUGCCUCUCCGUCACUGGCCCCCAGGCGCAGGGAGGAAGUAGGGCAGGAAGCAGGAGGCGGAGGCCGCUGUGCAGUCAGCCUGGCUGUGGGCGGCCCCUGCCUGCUCCGUCCAGCUGGAGACAGCCCCGUGGGGCCAGCCAGCGCUGGGCCAGGAACGGCCACCUGGUGCCUGCCAGCUACCGCCCUGUGGGCCUGGGAGCUGCCUCUGAGGAGCAGAGCGCAGCCAAAUGGACCAGAGACAGGGGCUCCAGCCUGAAAAUUCCAGGGAGGACCUGGGCCCAGCUUUCAACUGGCCAGGCAUGUGAAGCCUUCAUGGGUCAUGGAGAACCUCCCUGCCAUGACCACUGAGGAGCCAACCCCCAGGGGGAGGGGGCCUGUGGGGCCGGCGGGAAGUGGCGGCAGCCAGGACCAGGUCCGGACUGUGGCCAUGAGGCCCUCUGUGAGCUGGGAGAAAGCAGGGCCUGAGGAGGCCAAGGCGCCGGGGAGAGGCGGCGACGCUCCUCCUGCCCUCGUGGAUGGGCCUGCUGCUGGGACCCCUCCCUGCCAGAUGGGAGCUUAUCCCACAGACUUGACCCUGCAGCUGCUGGCUGUACAGAGGAAGAGUGGGCUGCAGGAUCCCAGCCUGCAGCAGGCUCUGCGGGGCCAGCUCCGCCUUCUGGAGAAUGACAGCCGGGAGAUGGCCCGCGUGCUUGGGGAGUUAGCAGCCAGGCUGCUGUCCAUCCACAGUGACCAGGACCGGAUCGUGGUGACGUUCAAGACUUUUGAAGAAAUCUGGAAGUUUUCUACCUACCACGCUCUUGGCUUCACUCAUCACUGCCUGGCAAACCUGCUUGUGGACCAGGCCUUCUGGUUGCUCUCGCCCAGCGAGGAGGAGGAGACGGCCAUCCAAGUCCACGUGGAUGAGAAUGCCUUGAGACUGACCCACGAGAGCCUCCUCAUCCAGGAAGGGCCCUUCUUCGUUCUGUGUCCUGACCACCAUGUGAGAGUGAUGACGGGUCCCUGGGAUUCAGGACUUGGCCCCCAGGCCCUCAGGCAGGCUCCAGGGGCUCCCCAGGGAGAGGCGGCCCCAGAAACAGACGCUUCACCGCCGAGUCCCAGCGCAUCCUCUGAGGAGGUGGCAGUGGCAGCCGCCCCGGAACCUUUGAUUCCAUUUCAUCAGUGGGCUCUUAGGGUCCCCCAGGACCCCAUUGAUGACUUCAUGGGUGGCCCUGUGAUGCGUGACGACCCGCGGAUGGCUAUGGGGCUGGCCUCGGCGUUGGCAGACUUCCAGGGCUCGGGGCCUGAAGAGAUGACCUUCCAAAGUGGCGACCUCAUUGAGAUCCUCGGGGCGCAGGUGCCCGGCCUGCCCUGGUGCGUGGGCCGACACGCAGCCUUGGGCCAGGUGGGCUUUGUGCCCAGCAGCCUCGUCAGCAUGCAGGGCCCAGUGUCCGAGUUGGAAAGUGCGAUUUUCCUCAGUGAGGAGGAAAAGUCAUUCUUCAGCAAGGGCCGCUUUUCUGAGGAGGAUGCCAGGCAGUUGCUGGGGCAGAUGUCGGGCACAGAUGUGUGCAGUGUGUACAGCCUGGACUCAGUGGAGGAAGCUGCGACUGAGCAGCCCCAGGAACAAGAAAUACCUCUACCUCGCCCGAGCCCGGAGCCGCAGGAGAUCCUGCAGAAGGUGAAGAAUGUUCUGGAACAAUGCAAGACCUGCCCAGGCUGCCCCCAGGAGCCAGCAUCCUGGGGUCUCUGUGCGGCAUCCAGCAACGAGAGCUUGCAGGACCUGGAGAAGCCCUCCUUCUGCUUGGAAGCUGAGGACGACUGGGCGGACCCGGAGGCCCUGAGCUCGCUGCUGCUAUUCCUGAACGCUCCCGAGUACAAGGCUGGCUUCCGUGGCCUGUACGACGUGGCGCUGCCGUGGCUGAGCACUGUGUUCUGCAGCUGCAGCGAUGAGGGGGAGGUGGCUGGGCGCCUGGCACAGGCCCGGGGCACGGCCAAGAAAGCUGGCCUCCUCAUGGCCCUGGCCAGACUGUGCUUCCUCCUGGGGCGGCUGUGCUGCAGGAGACUCAAGCUGUCCCAAGCCCGGGUGUACUUUGAGGAAGCGCUGGGGGCCCUGGAGGGCCGCUUUGGAGACCUGUUCCUGGUGGUGGCCGUGUAUGCCAACCUGGCCAGCAUUUACCGGAAGCAGAAGAACCGGGAGAAGUGUGCCCAGGUGGUGCCCAAAGCCAUGGCCCUGCUCCUGGGCACGCCCGGCCACAUCUGCAGCACCGAGGCGGAGGGGGAGCUCCUGCAGCUGGCACUGCGGUGGGCAGUGGGCGGCCAGAGCCUGCAGGCCGAGGCCCGGGCCUGCUUCCUGCUGGCCAGGCACCACGUGCACCUCAAGCAGCCCGAGGAGGCGCUGCCCUUCCUAGAGAGGCUGCUGCUUUUGCACAGGGACUCAGGAGCCCCGGCGGCUUCGUGGCCCACGGACUGCUCCCUGCUCCUGGCUGACAUCUACAGCCGCAAGUGCCUGCCCCACCUGGUGCUGGGCUGUGUCAAGGUGGCCUCAUUGCGGACGCAGGGCUCACUGGCCAGUUCGCUGAGGAGUGUGGACUUGGUGCUCCGGAACGCUCCCCAGCCCCACGGCCUUCCUGCCCAGACUUCCCACUACCUCAGGCAAGCGCUGGCUUCCCUGACCCCAGACAUGGGCCAGCCACUGCGUGGCCCCCUCUACGCCAGCCUGGCCCAGCUGUACAGCCACCACGGGUGCCACGGCCCCGCCAUCACCUUCAUGACACAGGCGGUGGAAUCCAGUGCUGUUGCCGGAGUCCAUGCCAUCGUGGACCAUCUGGUGGCUCUCGCCUGGCUGCACGUGCUGCACGGGCAGAGCCCGGAGGCCCUGGACAUCCUGCAGUCUGUCCAGGAUGCGGGGGUGGCCGGCGAGGACCAGGAGGGGGUGAUUGCCAACAUGGUGGCCGUGGCCCUGAAGAGGACCGGCCGGACGAGGCAGGCAGCCGAGAGCUACUACCGCGCCCUGCAGGCGGCUCAGGGCCUGGGCCAGCGGAGGAACCAGGCAGUGGUGCUAGCCAACUUCGGGGCUCUGUGCCUGCACGUGGGUGCCAGCAGGCUGGCGCAGCACUACCUCCUGGAGGCUGUGCGGCUGUUCUCGAGGCUGCCUCGCGGGGAGUGUGGCCGGGACUUCACCCACGUGCUCCUGCAGCUGGGCCACCUGUGCACCCGCCAGGGCCCUGCCCAGCAGGGCAAGGGCUACUACGAGUGGGCCCUUCUGGUCGCCGUGGAGAUGGGCCAUGUGGAAAGCCAGCUGAGGGCCGUCCAGCGGCUGUGCCACUUCUAUAGCGCCGUCAUGCCCAGCGAGGCCCAGUGUGUCAUCUACCAUGAGCUCCAGCUCUCCCUGGCCUGCAGGGUGGCCGACAAGGUGCUGGAGGGGCAGCUCCUGGAGACCAUCAGCCAGCUCUACCUGUCCCUGGGCACCGAGCGGGCCUAUAAAUCCGCUCUGGACUACACCAAACGGAGUCUGGGGAUUUUCAUCGACCUCCAGAAGAGAGAGAAGGAGGCACAUGCCUGGCUGCAAGCAGGAAAGAUCUAUUACAUCCUACGGCAGAGUGAGCUGGUGGACCUAUACAUCCAGGUGGCACAGAAUGUGGCCCUGUACACAGGUGACCCCAGCCUGGGACUGGAGCUGUUUGAGGCGGCUGGAGACAUCUUCUUCAAUGGGGCCUGGGAGCGGGAGAAAGCUGUGUCCUUCUACCGGGACCGGGCCCUGCCCCUGGCAGUGACGACGGGCAACCGCAAGGCGGAGUUGCGGCUGUGCAACAAGCUGGUGGCGCUGCUGGCCACGCUGCAGGAGCCCCAGGAGGGCCUGGAGUUCGCCCACAUGGCCCUAGCACUCAGCAUCACCCUGGGGAACCGGCUGAACGAGCGGGUGGCCUACCACCGGCUGGCCGCCCUGCAUCACCGGCUGGGCCACGGCGAGCUGGCGGAGCACUUCUACCUCAAGGCCCUGUCGCUCUGCAGCUCGCCGCUGGAGUUCGACGAGGAGAGCCUCUACUACGUGAAGGUGUACCUGGUGCUCGGUGACAUAAUCUUCUACGACCUGAAGGACCCGUUCGACGCGGCUGGGUAUUACCAGCUGGCACUGGCGGCUGCCGUGGACCUGGGCAACAAGAAGGCACAGCUGAAGAUCUACACACGGCUGGCCACCAUCUACCACAACUUCCUCCUGGACCGAGAGAAGUCGCUCUUCUUCUACCAGAAGGCCAGGACCUUUGCCACGGAGCUCAACAUCCGCAGGGUCAAUCUGCCUCCCCUGCCGCUCUGUGGGUGGGCCCCCUGGCUGGCCCCCAGCCACCCUCACUGAGGACCGCAUCGGAGGAAGUGGGUUUUGUGCUGGUGGUGGUGGGGGGUGGGUGCGGUCUCCUGCCUCUCCUGGUGUCUCCAGUGGCUCAUUUUCCAGGAAAUGGAGGCAUGAAAGCAGGGGUCAAAUAGCAAUAAAUGGUUUUGUUUUUGCAAUAA